CGGGGCGGGGGGGGGGGGAGUGUAGAAAAGCACUCCCUUGUUGGACCUACACGAGGUGCAGGAGUGGCCGAGCCUCUCUUUUUAACCUCGGCGAACACUCAGAGCGACGGCGAUGGUGAUGGCGGCGGUUACUUGGACGGCUAUAGUUGAGCUGCGCUCCGGGAGAUACAUGCAGAAAGUGCCCAGAAGAAACUUCCUGCCAGAAAAACUGAAAAAGCAGUAUUUAUAACACUGGAAUUUGUGGAUAAUAUGUUAAAAUGGCAGAAAGUAUUGAAAAUAAUAGUAAAAAUGUAGAUGUAAGGCCCAAAACUAGUCGAAGUAGAAGUGCUGACAGAAAGGAUGGUUAUGUAUGGAGUGGAAAGAAGUUAUCUUGGUUAAAAAAAAGUGAGAGUUGUUCAGAUGCUGAAACAGUAGAUACUGUAGAAAAAACAGAAGUUCCUUUAAGGAGCCAAGAAAGGAAGCACAGCUGUUCAUCCAUCGAGUUGGACUUAGAUCAUUCGUGUGGGCAUAGAUUUUUAGGCCGAUCUCUGAAACAGAAACUGCAAGAUGCCGUGGGGCAGUGUUUUCCAAUAAAGAAUUGUAGUAGUCGGCACUCUUCAGGCCUUCCAUCUAAAAGAAAAAUUCACAUCAGUGAACUUAUGUUAGAUAAGUGUCCUUUCCCACCUCGAUCAGAUUUAGCUUUUAGAUGGCAUUUUAUUAAACGACACACUGUUCCUAUAAAUCCCAAAUCAGAAGAAUGGGUAAGCACAGACUUGUCUCAGAGUGAAUUGAGGGAUGGUCAGCUAAAACAAAGAAGAAACAUGGAAGAAGAUGUAAACUGUUUCUCACAUACCAAUGUUCAGCCCUGUGUCAUAACUACCAACAGCGCUUCGUGUAAAGGUGAUCCUAUGACUGGCUCUGUGAUAAACCUGGUUUCCAAUAACAGUAUAGAAGAUAGUGAUAUGGAUUCAGAUGAUGAAAUUAUAACACUUUGCACAAGUUCCAGAAAAAGAAACAAACCCAAAUGGGAAUUAGAUGAUGAAAUCCUGCAGUUGGAAACACCUCCUAAGUACCACACCCAGAUUGAUUACGUCCACUGUCUUGUACCAGACCUUCUACAAAUCAAUAACAAUCCGUGUUACUGGGGAGUUAUGGAUAAAUAUGCAGCCGAAGCGCUACUAGAAGGAAAACCAGAGGGAACCUUUUUACUUCGAGACUCAGCACAGGAAGACUACUUAUUCUCUGUUAGUUUUAGACGCUAUAGUCGUUCUCUUCAUGCUAGAAUUGAACAGUGGAACCACAACUUUAGCUUUGAUGCACAUGAUCCUUGUGUCUUCCAUUCUCCUGACAUUACUGGGCUCCUAGAACAUUAUAAGGACCCGAGUGCCUGUAUGUUCUUCGAACCACUUUUAUCCACACCUUUAAUUCGGACUUUCCCCUUUUCCUUGCAGCAUAUAUGCAGAACAGUUAUUUGUAACUGUACAACUUAUGAUGGCAUUGAUGCCCUUCCAAUUCCUUCUUCUAUGAAAUUAUAUCUGAAGGAAUAUCACUAUAAAUCAAAAGUUAGAGUACUCAGGAUCGAUGCACCAGAACAACAAUGCUAGGAAAAGGGUAGGAAAAUCUGAAUGAUUAUAUAUACAUGUUUUCAUUUAAUAGCUUAUGGUUCUUGUUCAGCCACUCUGAAUUUUUCUUCAAGGGCAGUUGGAGUCCAAAAUAAACUCUGCCCAAAAUCUUACUUCCGUAUUAUUUUAUGUUUCUUGCAAUGCACUGUUGAAGGUUAUACACUAGGGUUAAUGAUGUUUGGUUUUUGUUUUUUCCGUAGAUUGUAUACUUAAUUUUGUUUUCCUUAAUUCUAAUUGUUGUAUGAUACAGGCAUAUUUGAAAUUUGGUAGGCACUGCAGAGUUGAAUAUUUUGUUUUUCAUGCUUUCCUUUAAAAAAAAAUGCUGUGUCCUUCCUACAUGUAAAAUGUUUUGUUAAUCUAUACUAUCAGUAUUCCUGUACAUAAAAUAGUUUCCCCAUCCCAUAUUCAAUGAAUUGUUUUAAAAUUCGUCAGUAAAGUUGAGUGUGUUGUAAUUCACAAUUCAUACUAAACAUAAUUGACUUUUAUAAUUUUCUAGUAGGGUUGUUAGACAUAGCAAGAUGGUUUAAAAUCAAAGUUAAUGGUGUAUUUUCAUCUUAAAUAUUUACUCAAAAACAGUAUUACUAAAUUUCGUUGAUGUGGUCAGUGAAAAUCAAAUGAGAACAUGACGUUUUGGAGACGCAUUUUUUCUUCUGCAAUGUGGCAGGGCUGUUAUUUUUGAAUAGGCCUUUCUCUCAACCUGGAAGAGUGAAGCUACCUUCAUAACAUAAAUAUUGUUCCUUUCUCACUGGAAGCUUUAAAAAUAGUAAGUAAUAACACUAUUAGUAACUAGUAGUUACUAAAGUACUAAAGGAACUAUGGGAGUUUUCUGUAUUAUGAACUAUUGCAUCUACUUAGCCCUUUUAUGGAAAUUCUGAACCUGUUACUUUGAGAUUCCACAGUUUAUAAACAGCCAUGAAUUUCCACUGGUAACCAAAGAAUACCUAAAUAAUUUUUCACUAUUUUAAAUUGGACCUGAAUAAAGAUUCAAGAAUUAAACAUGAGCUCAGUAUUCAGGAAGCUUAAAAUUGUUUUUAUCUUAAAAGUUCAAAUAAAGAUUCCUGUCUUCAGAAUUAUGUGUUUUAAUAUGGCCUCAAAAAAAAGGAAAACCUUUUUGACAGGUACGUGGUUUAUACAAUACAAACAGUACUGGGUAACAAGGGCAAUAUUUUUAAUUUACUAUCCCAAGAAUGGAAACCCUGAUGGCAUAGUGGUGAAGUGCUACGUUUGCUAACCAAAAGGUCGGCAGUUUGAAUCCACCAGGUGCUCCUUGGAAAUUCUAUGGGGCAGUUCUACUCUGUCUUAUGGGGUCGCUAUGAGUUGGAAUCAACAGCAAUGGGUUUGGGUUUUAUCCCAAGAACAGAAAGCAUUUUUAGAAACAUGCCCAAUAUAACUAAUAAAGAUAAAUGGAGUGAUAGCCUAUCUCUUUUUAUAGUUUAUUUUAUUUUAUUGUUGUUGAGACUAUACACAGCAGAACAUAGACCAGCAAAUUCUACAUGUACAAUUCAGUGACAUUGAUUACAUUCUUUGAAUUGUGCAACCAUUCCCACCCUCCUUUUCUGAGUUCCUCCCCCAUUAAUAAACUCACCGCCCCUUAAAUUUCCUAUCUAGUUUUUCAUGACCUAGUUUUUAAAGAAUCGAUGAGUAAUAAAUUUCUUUUCUUAUUCAUAUUCCUAGACAGUUACCCAACUUUUGUUCUGGUGAUCUAUCUACCGCUUAGUACAAAUUGGCACUUUUAAUAUAGUAAUUGAUUUCUUGAUUGUUGGUUUAGCUGUAUUAGGACGCUGCUUCUACCUGGAUUGAAAGGAAUUUGAUUUAGAAAUUUCCAAGUUAGAAUGAUGUUUCUUCAUUAUCAUUGUUUUAUGUUGAAGUAGCAUUUCCUUAUUUUGUACUUCUGCUGUUAACAUAAAGAUUGCAUUUUUUCAGAAAGAGCUUUAAAAUAAAAUGUUAACAAUUAUUACAAAAUUAAACCAGGAAAAUCUGUUCCCAUAUCUUCUAGCAUUUUUUCUCAGUGAUCUCCAGAUUGUCUUGAUCUCAGUGAGAGGUAGCUAUUAAAAUGGCAUCUCUUAGCAGAGAUAAGGCCCAGAAUAUAACACCAAUGUCAAGUUAAAUAACAUCUCUUCUAAAAAUGGUAUUUAUCUUUUACAAAGGUAGAAAAGUCUUAUACUACCUCAUCUUUAUUGUGGCACUUCGUAGAUCACUGAGAAGCUUGUCUUCUUAACCAAUGUAACACUUCCUAAAUAUCCACCUUUGGUGACAGAAAAGUAAAAUUAGUAGUAUGGUAAGACUAUCUGUGAUUAGAGUUUUUUAUCAGAAUUUGAUAAUAAGACUUUCUGUUUCUGUGAAACAAUUAUUAUUUUAGAUACUUUUCUUUUAAAAAUAACUUUUUAUUAGUACAGAAAAACCUAAGGGAAGACUAGCUAAUGAAUAUUCUGUUAAAAGGUAGUUUUAUAAAGAAAAAAUAAAUAUAAUUAUGUUGUCUUUUAUAAUGGUAAAAAUUAGUGUUUAUAUGAAAGUCAAGAUCUAAGUGGGUUUUCAUAUAAUUCAAACUGGUUGCUGUGAUAUAUUUUCUCUGGUUUUCUUAUUUUUUUUCAACUUUAAGAUAUUAACAGCUGUUAACAUACUGCCAUAUAUGUAGCUUUGAAGUAGAUCUAAUAAAUGAGCAGGAAAGAGACUCAUUUAUUCUGAAAUGGUUUGUAUUUUUCCUUUGUUAGCAAUGAAAAGAAAUGUGGAAAGUAGAAAUAUAUACAAAGACUUGAGAAGGGAGUCAUUUACUAUGAAGGGAAAAGAAGUAAUAAUAAGUUAAUUUUUAAAAACAUCUACAGGAUUGGAAUUUAGAAGGGCUAACCCCUUUCUCUGUGACUAAGUUGGACAUUGUGAAUAUUUGAAAAGUGUGAAUUCCAGCGUCGAGAGAGCCUUCAGCAUGGUGGAAAUGUGUAGCACUUAUUGGCAAGAGAGGAUGAAGCUAAAAGAAACAAGAUGAAAUAUUAAAAUUAAGAAUUAAGGCAUUACCUCUGGGAAAAGCCUUGACAGUGAAAGGGAACUACUUCAUCGCUAAUAGCUAGUCUGGACCAGACACUUAACUGUGCUUUGGGAAUAAUCGUGCACUAAUCAGGAAAUAAACUUGACUUUUCUAUUUCUCUCUGAAGCUUUUUAGGACAUAUCCCUUUCCCUCCUCUCACCCCCGUUUUUUAAGCUAUAACAUCUUGAUUCAUACUAUAAUUUCUUAAAUAUGCUGAAUAAAUUUUUUUAGGUUUGUUGAACAUUUUUGUAUGAAGAGUUACAUGCGAUCUUUCUAUAUAACCUGCCAUUCAUUUAAAUAAUUCAUAGAGGGAAUGCUUUAAUUUAAAGCAAGACCUAAUAGGAAGAAGAUUAAAGGAAGCUUUUAGUCAGCCUGUGGCUAAAUUUAUUGAUUUGGUGAUCAAACCUGUGUUCUUUCCUGAAUUUCAGCUAAUGGGUAACUGUGGUCAAAGAGUGGCUUUCAGUUACAGUUUUGACUUAUUAUAAAUAAUAUAAAGGAUGUCUUAGUAAUGAGAAAUCCUUUAAAAAGCAGAACAAAUGUGGCAAAUAGGACUCAUCAUUAUACAAAUUCAUUUCUUUUUAUAGGAAAAACACAUAAACCAUUAUCAUUUAUUCAUGAGCCAAAGCCAUUAAGAAGACAAACCAAGUUAUCAGCUUCCUGUCUCUCUUCGGUUCAUUUUAUAGAUCCACACAAUAGAGAACUUCCUUCCUAUGAAAAACCUUGAGAUCUAACUCCCUUAAACACCUACUUUUCAUUAAAAAUAUAUUUUUGUCACUUUAGCUAUAAUCAGUGUCCAAUAAACAGCUUAUAUAUUGCUUUUGGUAGAACAAGUUUCACAGGAAAGUGGACUUUUAAUUAUAAGAUUUAUUUCUGGAGACAAUGCAAGGAAAACAAAAUAUUAAAGGUAAAUUAGACAGUGUAAUGUUAGGUAAUUUAAUGCCAAAAUGAAUUAAAGGUUUUUAAGUCAAACUUCCUACUUUGGUGAAACAAUCUUUACAAUUAUUGUUUUAACAGUUUUACACUCAUUUCUAUUUCUAAAGAAAACAAAGCACAAAAGUUUGUUUUUUUAAUGGCCAAGAAAUAUUGAUCAAUGCUACAAGAGUCUGCCUAUACUAUUCUAAUAAGAUACUGGUCACAAAAUUGAGGUAACUUAAGCAGAAAUGUAGACUAAUGGAUAUAACCCAAUGGAAAGGGAUUUAGAAGAACGUGAAUCCUAUUCCAAGUAAAGCCAAAGUCUGUCUUUGAUUACUUUCUAAUUUUGAAUAGAUUACUGACUCCUAGAUCUUUCUUUGCCUUCAUUUUCUAACAGUAUAGGUUAUAAUACUUGUUACUUGGCUUCGUGAAGGUUAAUUCUUUAAAAGAAGUGACCCUUGGAGCAUACUUGAAAAUAAUUGUUGUACAGCUGUUAAGUGCUAAUGUGAUGAUACGUUUUCAGGGUAAAACCUUAGUGGAUCCUGCAGAAUCACACUGACUUCUUUUAGUCUGUAAUAGUCUUUCGUGGCUUGGUUUGACAAUAGAGAUAACAGUACAAAUUCGAAUUUAUGGUUUAGACUCUGCAAUUUGAUGAAAAAUUGCAAUUUCCUCUUACCCUUCGUAAGGCCUAUGUAAAAUAGACAUUUGCCUAACUUAUUUUAAAAGUUGAUUACAUUUGUGGGAAAUACAGAUAAUCACUUUUGUCAUGGGUAUAACCAAAUCUUUCAGAGUUGAAAGCCACGGUGUAAAACUCAAGGCAGUUUUUCAAAUUAUGCUGACUUUGCUAGAACUGGAUAAACUGUAAGCAAAGUAUGUAUGAACUUGAUAUAUACUUCAAUGUACAGAAUUUAAGUAGCAACUUUGCAAAGCUGUUAGUACUCUUGUCAGGCUUGUAUGACUUUUUCUCCACUUCUUACCCUAAAAAAGUAGACUAUUUCCAUUUUUAUCUCUAAUCCUGAAGUUGAACAUUUCUUUGGAUAUGAGUUCAAAUAAAAUGAUUUGAAUACAUUUUCUUCUUAAUUAAAACUUCAUAUAUAAAAUCCAAAGGCUUUGUAUUUUGAUUUUAAAACAUUGUGUAUUCUUACCUUAUGUACCCAACUUAGAGUCUGAAAAAAGACUUUGAAAAACCUGGGUUUUUUUUAGUAUGUUAGUUUGGGUCUUCCUGAGAAGCAGAUGCCAAGAUGUGACUAGUUGUGCAGACAUUUAUGGGAGGAAACACCUCUAAGGAUAAAGGGGGAAGAAGCAGGAGAAGGUGGGGAAGUCUUCAGACCACAUUGCAGGUCUGACAUGUGUGAAAAAAGGAAUGAGUGGGGUGGGCUUCAGACGGCAGGCAGUGCAGUUCUGAAAACAUCAGCCAGGCAGGGAGUUAGUUCCCAAACAAAGGUUGUCAGUGGGACAGGAAUGGCCUGGCUUUAGAACCCUCCCCCGUGCUCAGUUACUGGCUGGGAGCAGGCAGAGAAUAGGCAGUCGCUCAUACCCAGGGCCAGGUGAGUGACUGAAGCACUUGAAUUGGGUACUUUUUUUUUUUUUUUACAAACUCAGCAAUGAAGAGAAAUAGUAUUUUGAAAAGAAUCAAUGCAAAAAAAAAAAAAAAUCCAUAUGAACAAAAUAUCAAAAAGUUAAAGACCAAACCAUUUGUCCUCAAGUCAAUUCUGCCUUGUGGCAACCCCAGAUGUUUCAGAGUAGAACUGCAUUCCUUAGAGUUUUCAAUGGUUGUGAUCUUUCAGAAGUGGACCUAGCCAGGCCUUUCUCCAGACACCUCUGGGUGGAUUCAGGCAACCUUUCAAUUAGCAGCUGGAUACUUAACCCUUCGCACCAGCCAGGGACUUAACAUAAAGACUUGCCCAUUGCUGUAGAGUGGAUUCCGACUCAUAGUAACCCUAUAAGACAGUAGAACUGCCCCAUAGGGUUUCCGAGGAGUGCCUGGUGGAUUUGAACAGCUGGCCUUUUAGUUAGCAGCCGAACUCAACUACUCCACUACCAGGGUUUCCGUACAUAAAGACAGGACCUGAUAAUUCCUGCUGCCUCAGGGUUCAAUGUGGCUCUGCAAGGCACUGCUCAUUCACUACUUCCUAUGAGGGCAAGGUAGGUUGUCCACGUUUGUGGUAUAACUUGCAUUAGUGAUAUAACUUUUAAUAGACCAUAGAGCCCUGUGCUCUAUCUUAAAUUAUGCCUUCUCCAGGUUUAGGUGUCUGAAGUUCCUCUAUUGUUCGUUUUUCAGUACAAGAAGUAUGUGUUCUGUGGAGCACACUUAGAGAUAAGUUUUGAGAAGUUUAUGGUAAAUAGCCAGCCACUGACCCACUACUGGCUUACACAAAACAACGAAGGGAUGGAAUAUACUGAAUACUUUUAAUAUAUUUAACAAGAGACUUACUGACUGCAGGUAUACUCAGAGAUAUUACUGGUUCAGUUCCAGACCAUCACAAUAAAGCAAAUAUUGCAAUAAAACAAGCCACAAAUUUUCUGGUUCCCUGGUGCAUGUAGGAGUUAUGUUUAAACCAUACUGUAGUCUAUUAGGAGCUCUGGUGGUGCAGUGGUUAAGAGAUACGGAGAGCUACAGCUGCUAACCAAAACGUUAGCAGUUCGAAUCCACCAAUCACCCCUUGGAAACGAUGGGGGCAGUUCUACUCUGUCCUAUAGGGUCGCUAUGAAUUGGAAUUGACUCAACAGCAACGGGUUUGUUUUUUGGUAGUCUGUUUAGUGUGCAAUAGCAUUAUAUCUUUAAAAAAGUACAUACCUUUAAAAAAUGCUUUAUUGCUAAAAAGAAAAAUGCUAACCAUCAUCUGAGCCUUCACUGAGUCGUAAUAGUCUAUUUUGCUGGUGGAUGGUCUUACUUCAAUAUUGAUGGCUGCUGACUGAUCAGGGUGGUGGUUGUUGAAGGUUGGGGUGGCUGUGGCAAAUUCUCAGAAUAAGACAACAAUGAAGUUUGCCCCAUCAAUUAACUCUUCCUUUCAUGAAAGAGUUCUCUGUAGCAUGUGAUGCUGUUUGAUGGCAUUUUACCUAUAGUAGAACUUUUUUCAAAAUUGGAGUCAAUCCUCUCAAACCCUGCUGCUGCUUUAUCAAACAAGUUUAGGUAAUAUUCUAAACCCUUUGUUGUCAUUUCAACAAUGGUCACAGCAUCUUCACCAGGAGUAGAUUCCAUCUCAAGAAACCACUUUCUUUGCUCAUCCGUAAGAGGCAACUCCUCAUCAGUUAAAGUUUUAUCAUGGGAUUACAGCAAUUCAGUCACACCUCCAGGCUCCACUUCUAAUUGUAGCUCUCUUGUUAUUUCCACUACAUUUACUGUUGCUUCCUCCACUAAGUCUUGAACUCCUCAAAGUCAUGCAUGAGGGUUGGUAUCAACUUCUUCCAAACUUCUGUUAAUGUCGAUAUUUUCACCUCCUCCCAUGAAUCAUGAAUGCUCUUAAUAGCAUUUAGAAUGGUGAAUCCUUUCUAGGAGGUUUUCAAUUGACUUUGCCCAGAUCCAUCAGAGGAAUCACUAUCUAUGGCAGCUAUAGCCUUCAAACUGUAUUUCUUAAAUAAUAAAACUUGAAAGUCAAAAUUACUCCUUGAUCUACGGGCUGCAGAAUGGAUGUUGUGUUAGCAAGCGUGAAAACAACAUCAAUCUCCUUGUACAUCUCCAUCAGAGCUCUUGGGCAAUGAGGUGCAUUGUCAAUGAGCAGUAAUAUUUUGAAACAAAUCUUUUUUUCUGAGCAGUAGCUUGCUACAGUGGACUUAAGAUAUUCAGUAAACCAUGUUGUAAACAGAUGUGCUGUCAUCCAGGCUUUGUUGUUCCAUUUAUAGAGCACAGGCAGAGUUGAUUUAGCAUAAUUCUUAAGGGCCCUAGGGUUUUCAUAAUGGUAAAUGAGCAUUGGCUUCAACUUAAAGUCACCAGCCGCAUUAGCCCCUAACAAGAGAGUCAGCCUGUCCUUUGAAGCUUUGAACCCAGGCAUUGACUUCUCUUCAGCUGUGAAGGUCAUAGAUGGCGUCUUCUUCCCGUAUAAGGCUGUUUCAUCUACACUGAAAAUCUGUUGUUUAGUGUAGCCACCUUCACCAAUUAGCUUGAUCUUCUGGAUAACUUGCUGCAGCCUCUACAUCAGCACGUACUGCUUCACCUUGCACUUUUAUGUUAUGGAGAUGGCUUCUUUCUUUAAACCUCAUGAACCAACCUGAGCUAGCUUCAAACAUUUCUUCUGCAGCUUCCUCACCUCCCUCAGCCUCCAUAGAAUUGAAGAGAGUUAGGGCCUUGCUCUUCAUUAGGCUUUGGCUUAAAGGAAUGUCUUGGUUUUCUAGUGCUGCUAUAACAGAAAUAUCACAAGUAGAUGGCUUUAACAAAGAAAAAUGCAUUCUCUCACAGUCUAUAAGGCUAGAAGUCUGAAUUCAGGGUGCUAGCUCUAGGGGUAGGCUUUUUGUCUCUGUAGGCUCUGGGGGAAGGUCCUUGUCAUCAAUCUCGCCCUGGUUGAGGAGCUUCUCACCACAGGGACCCCAGGUCCAAAGGAUGCACUGUUCUCCUGGCUCUUGCUUCUCGGUGGUAUGAGGUCCCCCUGUCUCUCUGCUCUUUUAUAUCUCAGACUAGAUUGGCUUAAACUGUAGAUUAAUCUUGUAGAGUCAGUCUACAUAACUACCGCUAAUCCCAUCUCAUUAACAUCAUAGAGACAGGAUUUACAACACAUAGGAAAAUCACAUCAGAUUACAAAAUUGUGGUCAAUCAACACAAUACUGGGAAUCAUGAUCUAGCUAAGUUGACAUAUUUUUGGGAGACACAAUUCAAUCUGUGACAGGGAACGUUGUCAUUGGCUUGAUCUUCUAUCUAGACCACUAAAACUUUCUCUGUGUCAGCAGUAAAGCUAUUUCCCUUUGGAAACCCUGGUGGCAGAGUAGUUAAGUGCUAUGGCUGCUAACCAACGGGCCAGCAGUUCAAAUCCUCCAGGUGCUCCUUGAAAAUUCUAUGGGGCAGUUCUACUUUGUCCUAUGGGGUCGCUAUGAGUUGGAAUCAACUCGAUGGCAGUUGAUUUUAGUUUUUGGUAUCAUUCCUGUGUUCACUGGAGUAGCACUUUCGAUUUCCUUUAAGAACUUUUCCUUCACAUUCACAACCUGGCUAACUGGUGCAAAAGGCCUACCUUUAGGCCUGUCUUGGCUUUCGUCAUGCCUUCCUCACUAAGCCUAAUCAUUUCUGGCUUUUUAUUUAAAGUGAGAAAUGUGUAACUCUUCUUUUCACUUGAACACUUAAAGGCCAUUGUAGCGUUAUUAAUUGACCUAAUUUCAAUAUUGUCAUGUCUCAGGGAAUAGGUAGGUCCUAGGAGAGGGAGAGAGAUGGGGGAACGGCCAGUCGGUGGAGCAGUCAGAACACACACAACAUUUAUCGAUUAAGUUCAAAGUAUUAUAUGGGCGUGGUUUGCUGUGCCCCAAAACAAUUACAGUAGUAACAUCAAAGAUCACUGAUUACAGAUUAGCAUAACAGAUACAGUAAAAAUAAAAGUUUGAAAUAUUGCGAGCAUCACCAAAAUGUGACACACAGACAGGAGGUCAUCACAUACUGUUGGAAAAAUGGCUCCAAUAGACUUGCUCCAUGCAGGGUUGCCACAAACCUUAAAUUUGUAAAAAAAAAAACGCAGUAUCUGUGCAGUGCAAUAAAGCAAAGCACAAUAAAAGUAGGCAUGCCUGUAUUCGUUUUUUUUAUUUUUUAAAAA